AUGGUCGAAGGUUUCUUAGUGGGGAAGAUGAACAUGAUGCUAGGAACCACUCGAUCUAGGCAGAUACGUCAGCAAUAUCGGUUGCCAUAUGCCGGAGUCGCCGAAGACAUUCUCGUGACAGACGUCAGAGUCGCCAGAGAUGGAGACAUGGCGUAUGAGCGGCCAGAGACGGAGACAUGGCGUAUUAGCGGGGUUUUUUUCUCAUCUCACCAAAAACUCUCCCUAUCUGAUGUAUGUUGCAGGUGUGUGAUGGUGAAUAACAAUCGAAGCACUAAUUUUGGUGAUGAGAGUGUGAGUUGA